GCUGGCGGCGGGCGCUCCCUGCCCUGCGCGGCCCGCGCCCUCCGCACCGCGGAGCCCAGCCCGCCCCGGCCCCGGCCCCGCCGCCGGCAUGCCCCGCCGCCCGGCGAGCUGACGCCGCCCGCACCGAUGCCUGCCCCGGGCAGCGUCCUGCUCCUCACCGCCGCGCUGGCGCUGGCGGCCGCGCAGCGGAGCCACCGGCCCGCGCAGCCAGAGCCUGUUCUGCAGUAUUCCAGCAAUGACAUCGUUCAUCCGAUCAAGGUUGAUGAGAGUGGAUCAUUCCUGUCUUAUGAUUUGUCUCACCGAGCAAUUCAUAAAAGGUCUCUCUCCUCCAGGAACAAUUUCCUCGCCUUUUAUGAACUGCAUUACCAAGGACAACCCCUGAAAUUCAACCUAAGCCUUAAUAACAAUCUCCUUGCACCUGGGUUUGUUAGCGAGAGACGGUACGGGGGAAUCGCUAACGCCAAGAUCCGGUCUCACAGCUACAACUCUUGCCACAUGAUUGGGGAGGUUCUGAGCCGGACGCUGAAAGGUGGUCUGGCAGUGCUCAGCACAUGUGAUGGACUGAAAGGUGUGUUUCGGCUCAUGAAUGAAGAUUAUUUCAUUGAACCACUAGCUGCAAACUUUCGCGAGGAUGGCACAGCUCAGCCCCACAGGAUAUAUAAACGCCAUGCUCCAGAGCACGACGGAGAGGGACUGGUGAUAGGAGCCAGGGGAGUGCAAGACAGAAAGGAGCCAGCUGUGUGGAAGACAUGUGGCGUUCAAGAAUCUCAGAAAAGCCUGGAGAGGUCUGAGAAGAGGAGGGAAAGAUGGGAACAGAAACAGCAGAAAAAGAGAAGAAUAAAGCAACGCUCCAUCAGCAAAGAGAAGUGGGUGGAAACAUUGGUGGUAGCAGACACCAAGAUGGUAGAAUACCAUGGGAGUGAGAAUAUAGAGAAGUAUGUGCUGACUGUAAUGAACAUGGUGGCAGGUCUGUUCCAUCAUGCCAGUAUUGGGAACCCCAUCAACAUUGCUAUAGUGCGACUCAUCCUGCUAGAAGAUGAGGAGGAGGAUCUGAAAAUCUCCCACCAUGCAGACAACACCUUGAAAAGUUUUUGCAAAUGGCAGAAAAGUAUCAACAUUAAAGGAGAUUCCCAUCCAUUGCAUCAUGAUGUCGCAGUUCUACUCACAAGGAAAGACAUCUGUGCAGCAAUGAACAGACCCUGUGAGACUCUGGGUCUGUCUCACGUGGCAGGAAUGUGCCAGCCCCACCGAAGCUGUAAUAUAAACGAGGACACGGGACUUCCCCUGGCGUUCACCGUGGCCCACGAGCUCGGACACAGUUUUGGGAUUCAGCAUGAUGGAAGCAGCAAUGACUGUGAGCCAGUUGGGAAAAGACCUUUCAUCAUGUCUCCACAGCUCCUGUACGAUACGUCCCCACUCACCUGGUCCCGCUGCAGCAGGGAGUACAUCACACGAUUCCUCGACCGGGGCUGGGGGCUGUGUCUGGACGACCCGCCUGCCCGAGAAGUGCUGGACUACCCCUUGGUGCCCCCGGGCGUUCUCUACGACGUUAGUCACCAGUGCCGGCUGCAGUACGGCGCCUACUCCACCUUCUGCGACGACAUGGAUAGUGUCUGCAAUACGCUGUGGUGCACAGUGGGGAACACAUGCCAUUCCAAGCUGGAUGCUGCUGUUGAUGGUACAACAUGUGGAGACAACAAGUGGUGCUUCAACGGAGAGUGUGUGCAAGUGGGUUACCGUCCUGAUGCUAUCGAUGGCAGCUGGGGAUCCUGGAGUUCCUGGUCUUCUUGUUCACGGACCUGCGGCGCUGGUGUGCAGAACGCAGAAAGGCAGUGCAACAACCCCACGCCGAAGUAUGGGGGCAGAUACUGCCUUGGGGAACGAAAGCGAUUCCGGAUUUGCAAUGUUAAACCAUGUCCCCCCGACAAGCCAUCCUUCCGCCAGAUCCAGUGCAGCCAGUUCAAUCCCAUGCUCUAUAAAGGAAAACUAUACAAGUGGACGCCAGUGCCAAACAACAUUAAUCCAUGCGAGCUGCACUGCCGGCCAGAAGAUGAAUACUUUGCAGAAAAGCUGCGGGAUGCUGUCAUCGAUGGGACUCCGUGUUACGAAAUGAAUGCAAGCCGGGACAUGUGCAUCAACGGGAUCUGUAAGAACGUGGGCUGUGACUACGAGAUCGACUCCAAUGCGGUCGAGGACCGGUGUGGCGUGUGUCACGGCAACGGUUCCACCUGCCAGACCGUGAAGAAGAUGUUUGAGGACAGCGAGGGGCUGGGGUAUGUUGAUAUUGGGAUUAUCCCAGUUGGAGCCCGAGAGAUCAGGAUUGAAGAAGUUGCAGAAGCUGGAAAUUUUCUCGCCCUGCGGAGUGAAGACCCAGAGAAGUAUUUCCUGAAUGGUGGCUGGACCAUCCAGUGGAACGGGGAUUACAGAGUGGCCGGGACCACCUUUACCUAUGCGAGGACUGGAAACUGGGAGAACCUCACAUCGCCAGGGCCCACCGUGGAGCCCGUGUGGAUCCAGCUGCUGUUUCAGGAAACUAACCCGGGCGUCCGCUACCAGUACACCAUCCAACGGGAGCCGGAGAGCGAGAACGAGGUGGAGCAGGCCGAGUUCCUCUGGCGGUACGGCUCCUGGACGACGUGCACCGCCACGUGCGGCACGGGGGUCCAGAGGCAGAUCGUGCACUGCGUGGAAAAGCUGGCCGGGAUCGUGGAGGAGCGGUACUGCGAUGCGCUGACCCGGCCCGACGACCAGCAGCGGACGUGCAGCGAGGAGCCCUGCCCCGCCAGAUGGUGGGUUGGCGAAUGGCAAAAAUGUUCUGCCACGUGUGGCAAGUCGGGUCUCAUGAAGAGGACAGUGCUUUGCAUCCAGAGCGUGGGGAUGGAUGAGCAGAGAGCUUUGCAGCAAGCAGACUGCCAGCACCUCUCCAAGCCCGAAGCCACCGCUCCCUGUCACAGGGAGGUCCCCUGUCCCUCUCAGUGGACCGUCGGGAACUGGUUGGAGUGUUCAGUGACGUGUGGAAACGGAACACAAAGGCGCCCUGUUUAUUGCAGCAACGAUACUCAAGCAACUUGUGAUCCUGCACAAAGACCAAUCUCGGAAACUAUUUGCUCUUUGCAGCAGUGCCAGAAGAAACUAGAAAACACCAACACUGACUGGUCUGGCAGUGGGUCUUCCAGCAGAGAAAUAUUUAAUGAAAUACAUUACAUUCCCAAUAACCAUAUUGCUAAAUUUAACCCCUUUAUUCCAAAUAUUCCGGAGUCCAAUGAUGUCAAUAUCAUAACUGAGGAGGACUUUUCAUCCAGGAAGGGAAAUGUCUUUGUUGACGAUUUUUAUUACGAUUAUAAUUUUAUCAAUUUCCACGAGGAUCUGUCUUACGAUCCCUUCAUUGAGAAAGACACCGAAAGUGAGGGGCCUAAGCCAGACCUGAGCACCAAUAACAUGGAGGAUUCUCAGGAGAUACCUGCUGAUGAUCUGCACACCAUAAAACCGGGAGGAGGAGCAGAGGAAGAAAAUGAAGUAGCCAGUGAAGCAAAUGCUUCUGCUGCUGUGCACGAUGAAGAAGAGAAGGAGCCUGGGGGUCUAAUCAUUAAUGACCUCCCCAGCGUGGCCCCAGAGCACGAGGUUAUCAGGACGGCCGCUCCUGGCUAUGCAGUUCCUUACGGCACAAGUGAUGAAAGGGGAGAAGUACUUAGGCCCCGCUCUGAAGACCACCCAUCCGUCCAGAAUGUGAAACCACAUGACUCUAUAAACAGCCACAAUAAUCUGCUCCCUGAUAACUCCCCAAGAGCCGUGCUGACAAGGACCGCUUCUAAACCUGACUUUGCAGCCGGUGGCCUCCCCACCUUGUCUCCUUAUUUGGACAUUUCCACCCCGCCAGCGCCUGCUGACGGGGGCAGUGCUGGGGGGGACGAUGCGCACGAUGGUUUCAAACGCGGGGGUGAGCUUGGGAGCAAAGAGGCAGAUCAUAAAAGUACGGAGCUUCCUGAUGACGCUGGCAGUAAAGAGCACAACUUGGCUGGCACUACUUGGAAAGGCCAAGAAAACUCAAGUGAAAAGGGUUUUGUCGUCAUUAGUGAUGAUAACGAUGCUACCUCCAACCCCAGAGAGCAGGAAGCAUGGGCAGAGAGAGCAGCAGCAGGGGAGACUGCAAGCAUGCACACAGCACCGGAGGCCGAGGAGCUGUCACGGCCUACAGAGAAAGCAGGUCUUUUCCCCACCAUGCAGAGACCUGAGCAGGAGGUGGGAAAGCGUAGCGAAGCGGCUGAUCCCAGUGCAAGUCUCUCUCGUUCAGGCAGCAGCGGACCGGGAGCUAGCAGAGCCCCCGCAGCAGGGUUGGGCCCCCAGCCAGGGUACCGCAACGCCAUUUCGCUAACCUCGGCCGCGUUAGUGACUGCAACGGCCUUUCCACCACCAGUGUCCUUGCCUCCCCCUGUGCCUGGGCGAUCUACCCAGCUCACAUCCAGCGGUCUGACCCAGCAAGGUGCCAUGACGCCGGUCACGCCAGCGUCCUCAUAUCCGAGCCCUGCUGCUCACCCAGCAGCAACGCCAUCCUCAACCCUCACGUGGUGGACUGAGAAGGGACCUAAUGAUAUGAAGAUGACCUACUACGUGGAGUCUGUGUCUCCCAGUGCACACCAGACCCCUGGUGUGGUCCCGCUCAGCAGUGCUGCUUCAGGGCAGCACUCACCACGGGGAACCCCAAGGACACUUGAUUAUGGUGAUGGGGAACGUGAGUUAUCCCAGCCCACCCCCAACGCGCAGCAGUGGGAGAAGGAGAAGAUGGAGAAGGAGGAUUCCUUGCUUCUGCCAUCGACUACUGUAGCAGCCACCGCAAUGCCCACUUGGGAGGUUGGGAACUGGAGUGAGUGCUCUGCCACGUGCGGCAUGGGUGCGAUCUGGAGAACCGUGCACUGCAGCACAGGCAACAGCGAAGACUGCGUUGCUGCAAAUAAACCUGUCCCUGCUCGAAGAUGUUCCCUGAGACCAUGUUCCUCGUGGCAUGUGGGGAACUGGAGUAAGUGCUCCAAGAACUGCGGAGGGGGCCUGAAGGUGCGGGACGUGCAUUGCAUCGACAGCAGAGAUCAGCGGCUCCUGCGGCCCUUUCACUGUCAGGCUGUCCUCUACAAACCGCCGGCGCAGACGCCCUGCCAGAGCAAGCCCUGCCUGGACUGGUACACCUCCUCCUGGAGGGAGUGCUCUGAGUCAUGUGGCGGAGGGGAGCAGGAGCGCUUGGUGACAUGCCCGUUACUGGGGCGGUGCGAUGAAAUGUUACGGCCAAACAACACGAGGCCUUGCAACACUCAUCCCUGCACCAAAUGGGUGGUUGGAUCUUGGGGACAGUGCACAGCAACCUGCGGUGGAGGCAUCCAGCAGCGGCAGGUGAAGUGCAUCAACACCAAGACGGGGGCGGCCGAGGAGGACAGCAGUCUCUGCGACCAUGAGCCGUGGCCUGAGAACACCCAGAAGUGCAACCCGCAGGACUGUGAAAACGCCGAGUCGAGCCUCGUCUGCCAGCGCGACCGCCUGACCUUCGCCUUCUGCCAGACGCUGCGGCUCCUGGGACGGUGCCGGCUGGGCACGGUGCGCGCGCAGUGCUGCCGCACGUGCCGCCCGCCCGGCCCCAGCCCGCGGGAGCGCGGCGACCAGAGGGCCUCGAGGAGGUGAGGCCGCCGCGGGGACGGCGACGGCGACGGGGACGGGGAUGGGGACAGGGCUGCCGUGGAGGACGGGCCGCGCCGCACGGCCCCCCGGCCCCCCGCGUCCUCGGAGACCUGCCGGACGCUCUUCCGACGCGCAGGGGAGGCCCCGUCGGCUCUGGUGCUCUGCAAACCCGGCGUCCAGGCCCGCUGCUCGCUGCCACCCUCCCCGGCAGGCAGCCGAAGCCGAAGCCUUCUCCGUUUCGGGGCCGCACCUCCGUUGACCACCACCAAGGAACCAUUUUAGGGACGGGAGACGUAAGGCAGCAAUAACCUGGGGGAGGUUUCUCCGAAAUGCUUAUGGUGCUAUCAUUUGACAUUUUCAGCCUCUUGAUGGUGUUGGCAGGCCAGCACAAAACUCUGACUUCUAUUAUUAUUUUUAUAUAUAUAAAACGAGCAUCUAUCAUUCCACCAGUGUAGCUGACCAUUUUCAAUUUUUUUUUUGUUUUCCUUAAUGGACUUGAAGCUGGCAGCCCAUUUCUGUAUUGUACGUUAAAACGUUUAUGCACUGAAGCCAAAUACCCAUAAUUUAAGAAAUGGGGAUGGACGGAGGGUGUGGGAGGAGGCAAGAUCUCUGCUCCAGGCAGCGUGAGCCAUGCCAGGCUCCCGCGUGCCCCCGGCUCUGCACCCCCGUCCCGCUGCUGGCUCGCUCCGUAAAAGCGGUAUCAGUUUGUGGAGCAAAGGGAGAGGUUAGGGACGCCAAAGCAUGAAUGAAGUGACAAAUGUGCUUUGGAGUCAGACAGCCCUUGCAUGUAUUUAUGAAAGAGCCGGAAAACCUUUCUGGCCCAAAUUGUGAGCAGCGCGUUUGAAUCGCAGACACUGCUGUUUUACUUCCUCCGUACUCUGCCUCAUGGAGGCACAAACAGCGAAGUGGAUUAUAACUACACAACUGGAUUUCCGUAUGCCGUUACAGCUUAGGAGUUUAAUGGUUGGUUAAGGUGUUCUUCGGUGUUCUUACCAAGCUAAAAACUUUCUUUCUGCUUAUAUAGAUUCAUUUUUGUUAAGGGUAGUUGGUUGUUUUAACUAGAAUAUGCAGUAUUGUACGAGGAGAGGCGCCGCGGCAGGCACCGUCCUGCCCUGCCGGCAUCCCCGUCGUGGUCCUGUGUUCAUCCCCCGUGUCCCAGGAAGGGUUUGCUGUUAGACUGGUCCCUGGAAGAGGGUCAGGAGCGUUUCGAUAGACCUUCCUUUCUAUAUUACUUUUCCUUCUGUACAAGAUGCCCAAAUAGUGGGAGACGGUGAACACGAUCCUACUGGCAUUGAACCGAAUGGAGAAGGGAUGGAGCCCAGCACCCGUUACGUUGUGCAAUACAGCCGUAUAGUCCGCAGUGAAUUUCUUCUAUUCCUAAUUUGUACUGUUUGAAACAACUUUGAGUACGCUGUCACAUAACAAGGGAAAUGUGUGUGUGUAAUUUCUAAGUAAAACACAGCCCAUGACUUCACCGUUUGUGUUCUGUUUCUUUCAAUGUGGUAUAAAUUUUCGUAUUUAAAGAGA